UAAUUGUUAAGGAGCUUAGCGGCUGGGCCAGCGUGCGGCUGGAGGUGACCUCCUGCCGAAUCAGAGACGCCCGUAACUCUGGCCGGGUGCCCACGGGAAGGCUGCGCGGCCCUGGCAGGGGCAGAUCGGGUUACGGCCCAAGUUUGCCACCCGAGACUCUGCGGCACAGAAGAAGGAGGCAGAACCUGCUGCAAGGGGAAGAGCUCACCAGCUGUGGAGGGGGUCAGGGACGCAGACACCCGCCGCGGCCCCAGCCCCAGUGGAACAGUGCACAGCCUGCGAGGCUGGCCCAGUGGAGCCGAACCCCGGAGAAGAGGCUCCGUCAACGGCUCAUUGUCUCCCGCAUCAACCCCCUCGCUUGUGUCAGCGCAAGCCCCACUAUUGGCUACCGAGGGCUCGGAGCCCGGUGACAUCCAGGCGCGCUCUGUAAUCCUAGCUGGGUCUCAUUAACCCAGGCUGCAGUGCCUACGCCCGCGCCUUCCCUGGUCUGCACCCCCCGGCGCGUCGGAGCGGAAGAGGUCAGCCAGAGCGGCCGUGCAGGGGGAGCCGGCGCUGCCAGCUGCGGGGCCAGACGUCCAGACGAGGUUGGCGUUCCGGGCUGCAGGUUAGAUGAAGGCAAGCGAGGCUGCGCCCGGUGGAGAGGGACCGGGAACUGGGGCAGCGGCACGUCAGCGCGGCUUGGCCUGAGGCACUUCGCUCUAGUCCAGGUCUGCCCGGGGCCGGCUGCGCGUGGGCGCGAGUGUGCGCGGGCACCCGCCGGUGUCCUCAGCAGGGCUGGGAGAACCUCAACUCGCGCCCCUCUCCCCGGGACCCAGCAGAAGAUGCCAACCAACGGGAUCCACCAGGUCUUGAAGAUCCAGUUCGGCUUGAUCAACUGCCAGAACCGCUACCUGACGGCCGAGAGCUUUGGCUACAAGGUCAACGCCUCGGCACCCAGCCUGAAGAGGAAGCAGAUAUGGAGCCUGGAGCAGGACGAGGCCGACAGCUCCGUGGUCUUCCUGAGAAGCCACCUGGGCAGGUACCUGGCCGCUGACAAGGACGGGAAGGUGUCGUGUGAAGCUGAGAAGCCGGGCAGAGACGGGCGCUUUGCUAUUGUCACCCAGUCGGAUGGGCGCUGGGCGCUGCAGUCUCAGCCCUACAAGCGCUUCUUCGGGGGUGCAGAAGACAGGCUGUCGUGCUUUGCCCAGGCCGUCACUGAGGACGAGCUGUGGACCGUCCACCUGGCCAUCCACCCGCAGGCCAACCUGCUGAGCAUCAGCCGGAGGCGGUACGCGCACCUGAGCACCCUGGAGGAUGAGAUCUCAACCGACAGCAACAUCCCCUGGGGCGUGGACGCGCUCAUCACCCUCACCUUCCAGAGCCAGCGGUACUGCCUGCGGGCCUGCGACAACCGCUACCUGCGCAACGAUGGCGCCCUGGUGCCGGAGCCCGGCCCGCGCACCGGCUACACCCUGGAGUUCAAGGCAGGGAAGCUGGCUUUCAAGGACUGCGACGGGAAGUACCUGGCGCCCAUGGGGCCCACGGGCACACUGAAGGCCGGGAGGAGCUCCAAGCCGGGCAAGGACGAACUCUUUGAUCUGGAGGAGAGCCACCCGCAAGUGUGUUUCCUGGCGUCGAAUGGCCGAUACGUCUCCAUCCGGCAAGGUGUCAACGUCUCGGCCAACCAGGAUGAGGAGAUGACCCAUGAGACCUUCCAGAUGCAAAUUGACAGAGAGACCAAGAAGUGCAUCUUCCACUCCAAUGUGGGCAGCUUCUGGACCCUGGUGUCCCACGGGGGCAUCCAGGUCACUGCCACCAGCGUUGCCGCCAACACCAUGUUCGACAUCGAGUGGCGUGGCCGGCGGGUGGCCCUCAAGGCCAGCAAUGGCAAGUACAUCUGCGCCAAGAAGAACGGGCAGCUGGCCGCAGUUAGCGACUCCGUUGGGGAAGACGAGGAGUUCGUCGUCAAGCUGAUUAACCGGCCCAUCCUGGUGCUGCGGGGCGACCACGGCUUCGUCAGCUGCCACCGCGGCUCCAACCUGCUGGACGCCAACCGGGCCACCUACGACGUCUUCCAGCUGCUCUUCAGCGACGGGGCCUACCACAUCCGGGGCCCCGGCGGCAAGUUCUGGCAUGUCACCAGCAGCGGUGCCAUCUGCAGCGAUGGCGAGGUGUCCGAGGAUUUCGUCUUCGAGUUCCGGGAGCGCGGCCGCGUGGCCAUCCGGGGGAAGAACGGCAAAUAUCUGCGCGGGGACCUGGCCGGCACCCUGCGCGCCGACGCCGAUUCCCUGCACCGCGCCACGCUCUGGGAGUACUGAGCCCGGCCCCCCGCCCAUAGCGCAUAGACCCCUAGGGCCCGCGCUAGCUAAGCCGGCUCGGCACGUGGGGGGCAGGAGGCGUCAGCACAGUGACCCCUGCUGGACUCUCACCUGCUGCGGGGCAGGGACAGGAGCACAAGGGAGGGCGUGUCCCCCCCCACUCCCGCUGGGCAGCCGUGUUGGGGUGGGCUGGCUGGUAGGGGCUUGUGGGCGUGCAAAAGAUAGACACGGUAGAUGUCCGGUUUUAGUGCCGUCUGUGCCCCCCCCACCCCCACAUGGCUGCACCCCCACCCUCCGCUCCUCCUCGCUGAGCUCAUUAAAAUCCGCUUGAGUUGCACGCCGGGGAGGGUCACUCGUCUUCCUUCACCAGCAGCACCUCGGAGGGCCCCCGGCACCGGGCCGGCUGACACCAUCCUGGGACAAGGGGGCCCCGCCCAUGCCCUUGGCCUGAGUGCCACCGAGCCGCCCCAUGGCCAGUGCUGUGAGCCACAGAACCACAUCUGGGCAGACUGGCACCAGGCCACCCAAGGCAUUGCCCGGGCUGGGCUCUGGGGAGGGAUGGGGGGCAGGCAAUGGAGCUGCCUGCCACUUGCUCAGCCCCUGGGCCCGGGGGUCCCUGCUGGGCCCCUCCCUGCCCUGCUCCCCCCAGGCCCUCAGCAGCAGGUUCUGCUUCCCUAGAGCACAU